AUGACCUUUCGAGCCAACCAUCUCUACAGCAAUGGUCCUGAUAUUCAAGGCGCAUUUGGGGUGGACAGUCUUCCGCUCACGGUCGUCGCCCACAUCAUAUCCUGUCUAGAUGGCGAUGUCGCCUCUCUUGUCCGACUAUGUCGCACGUCCCGGGUCCUCUUCUAUAUGACGCUUCCGCAUUUGUGGAAAAACGUGACUCUGAAAGCAUACAGCAGCAUUCGCUACAGAGAUGACCUGCCCGAGGGCUUCGGCGGAGCCAGCCCAUUCUCGAUGGGCCUCAAUGCGCUUGUCACCCGCAAUGUGUCCAAGCUGGUCCAGUCUUUGAACCUGGAGGGAGAAUUCGGCGGGACGGACCUGGGUGCGUAUGCAAAAGCCGGGCGCGUCUCGGAGAGUAGCAUGAUCCUCAACAUCGCCAUCAGAGCGGCCAUAGAGCAGUGUACACACCUCACCAGCUUCAGGUGGGACUUGGACGUCAGAAGACAACCUAAUGUCUAUGCCGGCCUUGCAAAACUCUCAAAGCUCGAGUGUCUGUGGCUCAGGUUCCCAACGGACAGGUCGCCUCAACCCUUGGUGGAGGCUCCUGCUUUGCCGAAUCUCAAGUCACUGACUGUCACGCACUACGAUCCCCUGUGUUACCCCGACGAACUCUCAAACCUGUUCUUUCAUGCGACGAACCUGGACACAUUGAACUUGCACUUCUCGCCUCGAAUGAGAGAUCAGGGCGAGGCAUCCGUGGUGAUGACCCGGUUUUUCAGGAAGAACAUUGCGGCCAAGAGGAAACUCCGGCUCAGGAAAAUCGGCAUUUACAAUCUUCUUCCCUACUUGGAUGCGGCAGAAUGUGUGGAAGCCUUAGACUCUUCCGUGUGCGAGGACUUUACUGCUUUAAAUACUUUCGGUUUGGACGAAGACACCAUGGGCCAACGAGCCGCCGCGCACUUCAUUGACCGAGCGUGGCUGGUGCCUGUCGAUGAAAAGGACAGACCCAAGCAUCCAAAGUCCCUUCGCGUGGAUCAGCUACACAAACGACACGCGCUAGACCUGGGCAAAAGCGCCGGCCUGGAACGCCUGUAUCUUAUCAAUGCCCGCUAUAAUGCUGAAGGGAAGGGUGGGCACGUCCAAUCCAGCCCAAAUUCGGCAGAAGCUUCUCCUGGUGCUACCUCCACGUCCGUCCCUGCGAACCGUUCGGCCAGGAACACACCCAUGCUCAACACCACUCUGCGUGAUCUCUAUCUGGACAACAUCUGCAAUGUGUGCGGACCGACACUAAAGCAUUUGAUUCUUCCAGCUCGAUGGCUUCUUCCGACCGAAGUAACCGCACGCCUCAUUCGAUCGUGCCCCAACCUCACGCAGUUGAGUGCGGCGUUUCAGCGCGCGGACUACGACCUACUCCGGCUUCUGGUCCCGUUUCUGUCCCAUCUGUGGGCCCUCCGUCUGCUGGCUCCGAUUUCCGAUCUCGAAAGUGACGAGCGUGACUGUGACGGCGCCGUUCAGAAACAGCUUCCGCCACGCGACGGCGUCGUCUGUGUAAUGGACUGUCAAAAUGAAGAGCGGAUCGCGCAGGAAAUUGAACAAAGAGUCGGGAACAGCCCGGGCGAUUUCCCCAACCUGCGGUAUAUUGGACUCGGAAGUCGUGAUUCGAUCUGGGAAGUCGGCAAGGUUGUUGAAGAGGUGGUGCGCACGCCUGUCCGCCUGUCUGCGCAAGAUGGCGCUUGGGAACUAAGCAAUGGGCAGCCUCAGCCACAGAGUGCCAACGGUACAACAGCCAACGGAUGGCGCGAAGAGAUUGUCCGCAGGCGGAGAGUCAAGCGUAUCACGGAGGAUGAUGUCAAGGACGUCGAGAUCUGGAAGAUGGAUUCCAUGGAUAUUAUUUGA